AGCUGUUCCUGUACGGCCAAUAGCGCUCCGGGGGCGGAACCCACGUGUGCUCGGGGCUCCCGUGUGUCAUGUCGGCGGGGGGCUCCGGGGCUGCGCUGUGGGGGGUCCUGGCCGCCUCCUCCGCGCUGCUCCUCUUCAUCUUCCUCAUCAGACAAGUCCUGAGACAACGGAGACCCCCGGGCUUCCCCCCCGGCCCCCCAGGGCUGCCGCUGGUCGGUAACAUCCUGGCCCUGGCCGGGGACCCGCACGUCUAUAUGUGGCAGCAAAGCAAACUGCACGGAGAGAUCUUCAGCCUGGACCUGGGAGGAAUCUCCACCGUGGUGCUGAACGGCUAUGACGCUGUGAAGGAAUGUCUCGUGCGCCAAAGCGAUGUCUUUGCCGACCGCCCCUCACUGCCGCUCUUUCUCAAGUUGACCAAAAUGGGAGGUCUUCUUAACGCCAAGUACGGGCGCUGCUGGACCGAGCAUCGGAAGUUGGCGGUCAGCUGUUUCCGGAAUUUUGGUUACGGGCAGAAGUCGUUUGAGGGGCGGAUCUGCGAGGAAUCGUCCUUCUUCCUGGAUUCGGUGGACACGUAUAAAGGGAAAGCCUUCGAUCCCAAGCACCUGACGACCAUCGCUGUGUCCAACAUCUCCAACCUCGUCCUGUUUGGCGAGCGCUUCCGCUACGACGACGACGACUUCCUGCACAUGAUAGAGAUCUUCAGUGAGAACAUCGAGCUGGCGACCAGCGCCUGGGUCUUCCUGUACAACGCCUUCCCCCUCAUCAGUGUCCUGCCCUUCGGGAAGCACCAGCAGCUCUUCCGGAACGCCAGCGAGGUCUACGACUUCCUCCUCCAGAUCAUCCAGCGCUUCUCCGAAAACCGCAAACCGCAUUCACCGCGGCACUUCAUAGAUGCGUAUCUGGAUGAGAUGGAGCUCAGCGCUGCUGAUCCCGACAGCACUUACUCCACUGAAAACCUCAUAUUCUCUGUAGGGGAGCUGAUCAUCGCGGGGACGGAGACCACCACCAACGUCCUGAGGUGGGCGGUCCUCUUCAUGGCGCUGUACCCCAACAUACAAGUUCAGGUUCAGAAGGAGAUUGACCUUGUGGUUGGACCUAACAGGGCCCCGUCCUUCGAGGAGCGCGGCAGCCUGCCGUUUACCGAGGCCGUCCUGCACGAGGUCCUCCGGUUCUGCAAUAUCGCCCCCUUGGGGAUUUUUCACGCCACUUCCAGAGACACGGUCGUGCGCGGAUACUCGAUCCCAGAGGGCACCACGGUCAUCACCAACCUCUACUCCGUCCACUACGACGAGAAGUACUGGAGAGACCCGGAGAUCUUCUACCCGGAGCGCUUCCUGGACAGCGCCGGCCGCUUCACCAAGAAGGAGGCGUUUGUGCCGUUCUCAUUAGGGAGGAGACACUGUCUGGGGGAGCAGCUCGCCCGCAUGGAGCUCUUCCUCUUCUUCACCGCUCUUCUCCAGCGAUUUCACCUCCAUUUUCCUCACGGUUUUAUACCAAACCUGAAGCCGAAGCUGGGGAUGACGCUGCAGCCGUACCCGUACCUCAUCUGUGCCGAGAGACGCUGAAGCAGGGGCCCGAGCCUCGCCCCGGUCUAGGACAGAUCCGAAUCGCCAAGUGCAAUAGACUGGAAGCUGCAGUUGUCAGAUAUCCGACAACGAGACGCAGCGGCUGUAACCCCCUCCCCCACACCGCUGUGGCCUUUAUACCGUUCAGUAUCACUUUAUAGAUUCUGAUGGUUUUACUGUAAUAUUUUAUAUAUAAAUGUUUUAUCACUCCAUGGCAUGAAAUGGUUAAUGAUCCAGAACAUGGGGAAGGUUUAUAGCAACGGGGGCCCCGACCCAACUAUUCACAAGGGCCACAGCCCUGACAAAGCAAAGGUGAUGUCCAUAAGACCCAUCCACUACUGCGGACAAGAUUCCUGUAUACGAUGGCUGAGGUUGUCACAGCCCCGCCCCCUGCUGAUGACAUCACUGGUAUAAAUGCAUUGUGAGCACAGGGUGGCGGUUGAUAUGCUGAAGGUAACGCUCUGCAGUCUGGGUUCUGAGCUAUUCGCAGGCCGCCAUCCAGGGCGCGGUGCGGCCGCUUCAUGCUAAAGAUCCCGAGCUCAUUGAUGCUGUGGCCCCUGAGGAUCUCAGCAGAGCAAGGAAAGGAUAUUGGCCUUUCAUCCAUCUUGUACGUGGGAACAACCCCGAAACCUGGGUGACUUACCUGCGGACUUACCCGAUGUCACAGUCCACAUUGGUUAAGUCUGCAGCAGGAAGCGAAGAACUGAAAUCCAUGAAGGCACAAAAAACAAGAGGCGGCGGUGGGAGGUAUAUACACGUAUAUUUAUAGUGACCGCGUCAUGUGCUUAUGUACAAACCGCUGCGCCAUUGCUUUACAUUUGCGGAUUUUUACCUUUUUGUGUUUUCGGUGUUACAAACGACACUAAAUACCUAAAAAUCCUGAGAGAGAGCGUAGAAAAAUAUAUCAGAAAUCUCAUCGCCUAAAUAAAAAAAAUAAAAUCCCUUCAUUACGGAAAGAUUUCAACUUUUUCCAGAAUUUUUUUUUUUUGCCUUUUUUUUCAGGGUUGACCACAGAACCUCAAAAAGAGAAAAAAAAAAAAAAGUGGAAAAACACAA